UGUCCUGCAGGCGGCGCCGUGAUUGGCACGCCGGCUCCCGCUGCCCGCGAGGCUGCCCUAAAGUCUAGCUUACGAGAACCCCAGGCGAGUGCGGACCUACAAAGUUUGUCCGCUCCGGGGCACCGUAGUGGCUUUUACCCUGGCCGGGCGGGCUGGGCUCAGCCGGGCUGGGCUGGGCUACGCGGCUGGAGCCGGGCUCUAGCCAGAGCAAGACCCUGAUGGCUGCGGUGUUUCUGGUAACGCUUUAUGAAUACUCGCCGCUUUUCUACAUCGCGGUGGUCUUUACCUGCUUCAUCGUGACCACCGGCCUGGUAUUGGGAUGGUUUGGUUGGGAUGUUCCAGUAAUUCUGAGAAAUUCAGAAGAGACCCAGUUCAGCACAAGAGUUUUCAAAAAGCAAAUGAGACAAGUCAAGAAUCCUUUUGGCGUAGAGAUCACUAAUCCAUCUUCAGCUUCAAUUACAACUGGCAUAACCUUGACAACAGAUUGCCUUGAAGAUAGCCUCCUUACAUGCUACUGGGGGUGCAGUGUUCAAAAAUUAUAUGAAGCUCUGCAGAAGCACGUUUAUUGCUUCAGAAUAAGCACUCCCCAAGCAUUAGAAGAUGCUCUGUAUAGUGAAUAUCUCUAUCAGGAACAGUAUUUUAUUAAAAAGGAUAGCAAAGAAGAAAUAUAUUGCCAGUUGCCAAGAGAUACAAAAAUUGAAGACUUUGGUACAGUACCCAGAUCUCGCUAUCCAUUGGUAGCGCUAUUGACCUUAGCUGAUGAGGAUGACCGGGAAAUUUAUGAUAUUAUUUCCAUGGUGUCAGUGAUUCAUAUUCCUGAUAGGACUUAUAAACUAUCCUGCAGAAUAUUGUAUCAAUAUUUACUCUUGGCUCAAGGUCAAUUUCAUGAUCUUAAGCAACUUUUCAUGUCUGCAAAUAAUUUCACUCCCUCCAACAAUUCCUCUUCAGAAGAAAAAAACACAGACAGAAGUUUGUUGGAAAAGGUGGGACUCUCUGAAAGUGAAGUUGAGCCAUCGGAAGAGAACAGCAAGGACUGUGUUGUUUGCCAGAAUGGGACUGUGAACUGGGUGCUCUUACCAUGCAGACACACAUGCCUGUGUGAUGGCUGUGUGAAGUAUUUUCAGCAGUGCCCAAUGUGCAGGCAGUUUGUUCAGGAAUCUUUUGCACUUUGCAGUCAAAAAGAGCAAGAUAAAGACAAACUGAAGACUCUUUGAAGACAUUGUAACACUGAAAAGUACACUUUCUACUAAACAUGCAGAAAUUGAUGAUCUUGGAAUUCAUCAUAACAUGGAAUCUAUUGUACUGACCAUCAAUGAAAAUUCUAUUUUAACUUCCUAUUUGUAUGGUACUUGGAUGAUAAAAAUUAAUUAUUCCUUUCUGCUUAGUGAAUGAAUAUUGGAAUCCACCUGUGUUGAUACAUAAAAAUUCAUUCAACUCUUGAAAAGAAUCUAAGAGUUUGGCCUUUUGUUAGCUAGAUUUCCUCUCAUGUUAAUUAGAAAAAUCAUUCUGAAAGGCAAUCCAUUGAAAAUUUGAGGAGGUUAAAGUCUUAAGAUCGCUAAAUGUUUUACCUUUGAUGUAAUCUGGAGUGCAAUUAAGAAAAAACUUAAUUCUACUUAAAGUAAUUGUGUGUUCCCUAGUUUAUACAAAGGAGUUGGAAUGAGCUUCUUUAAAUCUUUUCUUGAAAUAACAGUUUUUAUAAAUAUCCAUCUGUUUGGUUUCUAAUGUCCCUUAUUAUAGUUACAUAAAUACAGGUCAUAGUUUUUAAAUAUAGGUUCUUAAAUCAUAAAUACAAGAUAUAAUUCUUGACUGUUCUCAGUGUAUUAUAAAAUGAUACUCAUCUAUAGGAGGCAGAUAUAUAAAAUUUGGAUAAUAAGAUUUUUUGGAUAAUUAAAUUUAUUAAAUUGAUAGUCAAGUGUGAUUAGAUUAGCAGAAUGUGAUCUACCAGGGAAGAUCUGUGAGACCUUUAAUGCCUUACCUUAGAUUUCUGCCUGCACAGCAAAUCCAUCCAGAACCGAGGUGGGAGGUGGAGGUUAUAGAGCUAGAAAAGUCACUAAAAGAAACAAAUAACUAUUUUUUUCUAGUGUAUUUUUAUUCCAAAUAAACCCCGUAUCCUUCUGAAUAGUAAAUUACUUUGUUCAUCCAUUGUUCUGUCUUUGUAAGAAUUGAGAAACUUGGUAGGCAGAAAGACCCCACCCUUUUCUCUUUCCAAGAUAACUAAAAGAAAAAGGUAAAUCAGAGCUUUCCAUGUUUUCAGUGAGAAUUAUCAUAACUCACCAAGAAAGCAGAUCAUGGCAAAUAAACUGUGACCUUCAGGGA